AAGUUGAGGGUCCGAGGGGUCUGUCCCCACCAUGGCCAUGUUUAUCAUGGUGAUGUUCGGAGCUGGCUGCUGGGAGCUGGUGAACAUCUGGUGCAGCCUCGGGACCCUCACCGCCCACCUGAGGCAGAGGUGCCAGGUGCCCCCUGACGCAAUCAUCGCCCUGCUGGCUGAGGACGGGCACCUGGUCAACCUCGUGGAGGGGCUGGAGAAGGGGCCUUCCCCGGCGCCCUCCGUGGCCAGCCCCCCGCUGCAGGAGCGGGGAACCUAUGUCCUGGUGCAGAUCAUCAGUAAGUGGGGUCCAAGAUUCACGCCCCCCUGCAGUGACGUUGGAAUAUAA